AUGCGCGCUGGUCGAUGGAUCAAUCUGCGGCAUUUCAGAUAUAGCGGAGAGUACUUGAUCGACGCGAUUGCCCUCGGCAUCACCGAGAUUCAGGGUUCCGAAGAUCUCCAUCAGUUCUGCAAUGGCGGCGUUCUCGACAACUUCUGGAGCGUUGCGCGUUUCCUCCUCUCAAAUGUCUUGAAGCGUCUUUUUGCGUUCAGUUCGUGCUUCACGAAGUCUGAUGCCGGCGUCUGUGGAUUCUUGGACUGCUCUUUCGGUUUUUGCGUUUGGGUCAUAGCCGAUCAGGACGCAUUCGAUGGAGCGGUCGAAUACCUUGGGGUUGUGUUUGUUUUGAAUGAGGACAAAGACGCGACAGCCUAUUUCACGCAUGUACGAGUAGUCAGGCUUCCAGUCGUGAAGGAUGAUGGGUUUCUUGCAUCCCUCAUUGUGCUUCGCCAAAACGACAAGUGGUGGACUCAACUUGCCGAGGAGAUUGACUAUAGUCACAACUGGUCCAUUUCUGCAGCCACCUCCAUCGCGUGGGUGGUCAUCGCCUACGUCUUUAGCGUCCUUGAUACUUUCAUAGCGGGCGUCGACACCUCCAUCCAUUCCAAUGGCCUAGGAGUAGGAUCACUUUGGCUGUGGCUUCUCCCCAUCGUCGUUGGGUGGCUACAGUUCUCGCCCAAAUGUGACGCGGCACUGCUCAAGAAAGCCGUAGCGCAUGCGAAUGACCUUGCGUACCUUGCCACGGAUGAUGGGAAGAGUGUUCUCCUGAAGGACAAAACCGACAUACGAGCUAUUGACCUUACCUUGACAGAUGUGGAUGACCUGCAUCGGGAUGAGAAGUGUACUUCGCCAGUCUUCAACUAUGCGCGAUUCUUCCCGUGGGUGCAGGCAGUGGAGGAUGUGUCCGAAGCUUUCCAGGCGGCAUCCGAACGUUUUCGCCGUCAUGAGCCGGUCAACGAGCCGGUCGACCCCGAUGCUGAGAAACCUAAUUAUCGUGAUCGUGUGGGCACCAGGACUCAAGUCGAAAAGUAUUGCACGGCCGAGAAACCUCCUGCACGUGGUCGCUGGGGACCAAAAGUUGUAUCCAGAAUGUUUCUUGCAUCUGGUCUCGCAUUGAUGUUACAAUGGGGCACGGCUGGAGCUGCCUUCGUUCAAGCCUGGUACACACCUACUCGAGGUGAGAACUUCACUCUUCUCUCUCCUCCGUCUUGUUUGCUGAUCACUGUCACAGGACUCGGCUGCCGAUCAUUAGCUGUGCUCAUUUACGCUGUCCUCUCCACGACCGUUUGGAUGAUGUUAGUGACCUCAAGCAUCCUAACACACUAUGCCUCGAACCCCCAACACCGCUCUGAAGGCCAUGUCAUCCAUGAAGGUGAGGCCAGAGAUGAAGAAGGCCAGGCCCUCCUUGAAGACAAGGCCAUUCGUCAUCGGUCCACAGCUCGAUGGAUCUCAAUUAUGCUACGCCGUCUCGGAAAGCUCAUCGCCGGCUUCAACGCGGUCUGGGCAGUCACCGCGUGCUUUUGCCAGUUCGGCAACGUCUUUGACAAUUGUUUUUGUAACAGCAGCGUCUUUUCUCUGGGCAAGCACGCGUAUUCUGUCAUAACUCUUCAAGAUCUUGACUUUUGGAUUAUACAAAGUGCGUGGAUUGGCAGCGUGUUUUUGGCGGGCGCCACUGCGGCCAUAUAUGUGCUCUUCGCCAAUUUCCUUAUCGAGCCGCCCUUGCCUGAGAUCGUGCCAGUGGCGACUGAAUGA